AAUAUAACUACUUGAAUAGCAAGUGCAUUCGUGCAAUAAUUCGUUGCGUUGCGUGUAGUCUCUUAAAAAAAAUUUUUACGACAGCCGUUGAACGCAACAGUCCCAUUGGCUGACGUUAGCUAUUCUCAGUCUCGGCUGCUAUGAGUUUAGAGAACUUCAGAGCCGGCAAUGCAGCCGCCGCUCCCUCCUGAGGUCGUCCGAGAGCUGGUGCGCUCGUGUCUCCACAGAGAUCCCGUGGCAGCCGAUCUCCGCUGCAGCCUCUUUGUUGCCGCUGCUCAAAACUACAAGAAGGACUCUUUGCUCCGCCCUUUCCCUCCCCGAUAUUUACACGAGGGCACUAAAGACUUUGAUGCACUGUUGGCAGAUGUUAAUUCCUUCCCCGGUGUGAGAGCGUUAGUACGACUGCGGCCAGGAGAGGCAGAGCACCAUGUGGCCCUCGCGCACUGGAUCCUGUCCUCCAAGAGCUUCGCCGUCAAGACGCUACAGAAGGACGAGUACGUCAAACUUUGUGCCUUGACGCAAGACCCCAACGUUUCCGCCCCCGCGCCGGACUUCCUGUUCGAGCUGGAGUACUGUGACCAAUUGAAUGCGCGCUUUGAGCUCAUGCGAGAGGACAGAGAUGUCUUCUACGCCUUCCACGGGAGUCGCCUGGAGAACUUUCACUCCAUCAUUUACAACGGCCUCCACUGUCACCUCAACAAGAACUCGGUGUUCGGGGAGGGCACCUACCUCACCAGUGACCUCAGCAUGGCCGUCCUCUACAGCCCCCACAGCAGCGGCUGGCAGGAAAGCCUCCUGGGCCCGCUGCUCAGCUGCAUCGCCUUGUGCGAAGUCAUCGAUCACCCGGACGUCAAGUGUCAGGUGAAGAAAAAAGACUCUGAAAUGAUGGACCGUCAGCGCUCCAGGGCCAAAAACAGCGAGGGGGGAGAUGUGCCGGAGAAGUACUUUGUGGUCACAAACAAUCAGCUUUUACGUGUCAAGUACCUGCUGGUUUACUCGCAAAGGAGGCACAUGCCGAGACAUUCCCGCAACACCUCGUGGUUCCUCCGCCACCACUUUGCCGUCAUGAUGAGCCUCUACCUUCUGCUGCUCGUGUUUAUCGGCACGUUCAACUCGAACUCCUUCAUGUCCUUUUGGAACCGACGCUUUAGCUAACGGACCGGCUGACUCGCGAACUCGCUCUUCGUCCACUGUGCCUUCCUGAUGGGACUGCGGGCGGGGGACUCGGCACCAUUGACUGCACAUUUUGAUACUGCUUUCCCCUCCGUAAGCAUUCACUUCUCAUGCAGAAAAAAAACAAGACUAUUUGCAACUGCACAGCAUAGAUUAUUUUUUUUUCUAAUGGAAUUUAAAACGUGUAGCCCCCCCAGGCCUCUAAUACAACUUCAUAUUGUAAUAGAAAUGCAGUGGAAAUCGUCAAGUCCAAUUCGCCUGUCACCUCCCAAGCACGUGCAGUAGUUCUUCUGCCAUGAAGCAGGUUAAGUCAUGUGGUCAAAUUAUAAGGGGGUGGGGCUAGCACAAUUAAUUUUAGUUUUAUUAUACACUUUCUUUUGUACUCCAGUUUAAAAUGCUUCUUAAAACAGCUUGUGCAUUUUCUCCAGGUUUCAUGACGGCAAAAAGGUUGGUCACGUAACACGAGCGCUAGUCAUUAUUUUCCUACGGAAAAAUAAAUCAGAGCAAAUUCCGAAGGUUUUGACCGCAGAACUUGUAACUGAAAAACAAAAGUACUCACUUUUUCACUGGAAAAAGUACCACUACUGUUCAAGUCCUUAAAUAAAAGUAAAAAAGAAGACUGAAAGGUUGCUGUCAAAUAUAUCGCUACACUGUAGUUUUGAUAGCUAACUAAUGCUUAUAUAGUAUCAAAACAUGUUUGAACAGAAAAAAAAACUAAUACAUAAGGCAAAGGGUGGAGAACAUUUGUUGUGUCAAUGUAGUUUGUUGUACUUCAUCUCUGUUUUGUUUUUCUGCCUUUGAAAUCCGCAAGAUAUCAAUGUCAGUCACAAUCAAAAACUAAAGGUCGACCUUAUCUCUACUUGUAGUUUAAGUUUCAUCUCCAGUUAAAAAUUGAAAAAUGUACUUGGGUACAUUAACAAAGUAUUUGUAGUUUGUUACUUCCCACCACUCCUCACAAACGUGCAAAUAGUACGAUGUCGGGUAUAGGCUCCUAAAACGGGAGUCGCAAAAUGCUAAACGUUGGCUACAAGCACACACAAACUCAAAUUGUGCUCGCUGCCUGCAAACAUUUGUUAGAUAUGGUUUUAUUACACUGUAGGUUUUGUAUUUUACUGUCGUAAAAGGACAAUGAUGAUUGUAACAAAUUGGAGAGGCUUGAGAGGAAACCUAUUUGAACGAUGUAGUAGUUAUUCCCUAACUUGUACUACAUACAGCAAUAUACUAUUAUAAUCCAGUCCUG